AAGACAGCAGGUGUGGGAAAGAAACUCCAAGUUGCUCCACCGGCUCUGGCGGUUGUCAGCACACAGGGCACCGGUGUGAUUGCAACACCGGAGAAACCGCAUGUUGUUUUGGAAGUGUCCGGUGUACAAACUAUUCAAGAGCCAGCUGUUGCUAUCCCAUCGCAAGUAGUACGUGUUGAGGAGUCGAGCAAGGUGUUUGCUGCUCCACCACCGAAACCGUCCAUUCAAACAGAAGAUAAAUCAUGUGAUGCACUUGAUUCCAUUAGCUUAUUUAAUGCCAGUGUUCAAGUGGAAGACAUUUUAAAAAACAAACCCAAAAUUGUAAGCAAAAAGCUUCAGGUGUCUUCUUCAGCAUUUGCUCCUGUUAAACCAAUGGUUAUGGACGAGGGAAUUCAGUUACCAUCGAUUACUCUUGAAACUUCGCUGGUCCAAUGUUCGAUUAAGGAUGCUUCAACUCCCUUCCAAUCCAUUCAUGUUGAGGAAUCGAAUAAAGUUUUUGCCGCACCCCCGUCAGCGUCACAAGUUACGAGAACUGAUAGGGCAUGCGAAGCUAUGGAAAAGGUAUCAAUGUUUGAUUCAGGUAUCCAGGUUAGUGAAUUGCCUUUAAUGAAGCCAGACGCAGUAGGGAAGAAACUACAAGUUUCACCUGCACCGUAUAGCGUUUUAAGCGUUCAAACUACGGAAUUACUUCCUUCUGAGGCCGCAAAACCAGUUGCACAAGGCAAGAAGCUUCAGGUAUCGCCACCACCUCUUGUAGUAUCCUAUGUUCAAUCAACUCUACAAAUAGAAAGUGUCCCGCAGUCGCCUAUAGUUCAAACCGAAUUAGCUUCGAAAGUUUUUGCAGCCCCUCCUCCCCCACCAAAAACGGUAACAGUAGACACAGGAAAUGAUGCUCUUGAAGCCGGGCAAUUAUUUGACGCUUCAACACAAUCAAGUCCUGUAGUAUUCGCGGAUGCACUUGAGUCGCCAAAGAAACCACUUGCAUAUGGAAAGAAGUUGCAAGCUGACUUGCGUGCUGACUUAGUAGAGAGUAAGGUUCAAGUGCCUGGUCUAAUGAAGCUUAACGUUGUCUGUGUCCAAACAAAAUCUGAUCUAACAAGGAUAUUAGCGACAAACGAUAUGUCUACUCAAGCGGAUUAUGUACAGCAGCAUGAAAAACGUGCUACAUUUGGCAAGAAGAUGCAAGUGGAUAUGCGUCCACCAAUGAAUGAGAAGUCAGAACAAACACAGCUCCCAUAUCCCCUUGAAGUGACAACUAUGCACACUGUAAGUGACACUCCAAUACCGGCUAUGGUGGUGCAACCAGUGAGGGAAUCUGCACCAGUAUAUUCGGCUCCACCAAAGCCUACUACUGAAGAUCGUGGCCUUGAUGCACAACCCUUGCCACAGAUGUGCAUUACCAUAACUCAAACCGAUACUUUGAAGCCAACCGUUUCCUUUGUUCAAUCUACUUUCCAUCAAUCCGAGGCUCCGACAUCCAAGGCUCAAACGCGUGAUUUCAGUUGCAGCUCCUUGCCAAAAAUGACAAAUGAAGUAACGUCGCAUUUAGAAGAAGAGGCUAAAUUUGGUAAAAGUAUGCAGGUGGUCCCGUUAGCAAUGGAGAUCGGCCUUAGUCAGACGACCUGGCAGGAGGUGACUGCUCCACCUAUUAUAGGAGUGAAAGAGGCAACGGUGGUAAGGUCCGCGCCACCGCUGCCUUCUAAACCUUCAGUAAAGGAUGCUGCCAUUGAUUCUAUGUUGAGUAAACCAUGUAGCAACGCAUUUACACAGAUUCAGGCUAUUCCUACUUAUGGUAAGAAGAUGCAAGUCAUGCCUCCCCCAUUAUCCAGCUGCAGCUGUCAAGCAGCCCCUAUUGAGACUUUUAUGUCUUCACCGAUUGUUGAGUCAAGAGAAGAUAGUGUAAAGGUGUUCGCUGCGCCGCCAGUCAAAAUGCCAACAAAAGAGGAUAAAGCCUGUGAACCGAUGUUUAAAAUACCCGUCAGUGAUGCCUCACUGCAGUAUGAUGCACCGAUGCAGAAACCUCCCAGCCGCAGUGUACGAAUUCAAAAAGGCGUCGGCGCGUUCGAAGGUUUGCGUGCGAUCGGUAUUCAAUACAGCUCUCCCGAGCCGCGUCGUUCCCCAUUAUCACCACUGCUAGCUCGUGCAGGCACUGGAAUUGAAUGGGGUGUCCAGGUUGAACCUACGACAUUGGUAGGAACAACACAAACCCCACCGAUGGAGACAUCUGUGAUCUUUACUUCGUCCAAACCCGAUGUUUACUCCAGAACUACUCAGGUGGAUCUAGAGCAACAAGCACCUGUCAUGCAAACAAGUCUCCUUUUAAGUGCUCCAAUUCAGACAAGACAGCCCCAGAAUCUUUUCUCUUUCGUCCGUGAAACCAAAGCAAAGGUGCCUUCACGUCGAUCAAGAUCAGGAUCACAGGGCUUGAUUCCUUACAAGACUCAGGUCUUCAGCCCAUCCAACAGCCUGUCCGUAAGUGUCCCAGCAAUGCUUAAUGUUCGAACUGAUGUGACGAGCCCUGCUACAAUUACGGAUUGCUACGGGUACUCUAGCCGUGUCCCCGCCUCACAGUUGCCUCGCCGCUAUGCCCAUCGGUUCAGAACACCUUCCGGAAGAGGCACAUAUGAUAGGCGAAACAAGUCAAUGGAAAAUAUUUACUUUAGAAGUUCUCGAACUAUACCUCGUCAUUACAUUAGUGAUAGUGACCUCACUAUGGGCAACAGAAGGAUGCUACAGCAAACGGAAUUGGAGGAGCGAUGUGAAGAGUGCAUCACUCAGUGUGUGCGCCUGAUAGGCUACGAUAAAGUAGCCCAAAUGCUAAUGGAUACGAGAACUUAUGGAGAAUUUGGCCGAUACAGAGAUCUGGAGAUUGAGAGUAGACGAAGACGUUUGCAGAAUGCCCGAACACAGUACACAUCGACGACGGCAAUCGGAUGUCCUUAUUGCUGUCAAUCCAGUGUGCGAGAAGGUGAAGAUAGAGCAAGGUGGCCUUCUGGCGCAGGGGAGGAGGAAUUUUACAGCGGAGAAGACGGAGGUGAGUGGGAUUCCAUGCAAUCCUCUUACGGUUCCACAAAGCACGGUAGCUACAGGUGGAUCUCAAGGACUCCGGUCAUCAGAGCCAUGCAAACAGAACCAACGAGUGAUGAGGUGGACCAGCUGAUGAAAAAUCGAGCUCUAAGCGCCUACUGUAGUGACUACGAGUUGCAACAAAGCGGAAUAAAUGCCAAUUUUGAGGAGAAUUCAGCAUUUACCUUUGUUGCAUGGAAGACAGAUGAAGAAGGUGAGGAUAAGUUGGAAUUAGACACAGUGGGGAACCUUCUUAAGCUCACUCUGGUCGGAGCUCGCGUCCCUGGAACAGGUGAGGUGAUUUCUGCCGCUGACGCGUUCUACCGAGGUAUUCUACGUGUCAUCUACAUGGAUGAUGAACGCGGUGCCAUUCUACCUCUCACGACCGCAAUUAACGCUAACGCAGUGAUAGUAGAGAAGCGCUUCUCUACAGGCGUCGGUAUUGCUUUCCACUAUUCUCCUCGCAAGUAUCCUGUCGAAUGCUCAGCUGUUUGGCAAACUCCAAACAUGCGCCGUCGGACAUACCGAGUUAAUUACAUUCGUUUGAAUGACAGAGAACGUGUGCCGGUCAGGAGAGCAUUGGAGCAAGGCAUAAUUGACAAGUAUAGCGGUGAAAUUGUUGGUGUGCGAGAGCUGCCAAAGGCAGAAAUGGGGGAUCCUCUACUGCAGAUGCGGGAAUCCAGUGUUGGCUCUGGUGAUACGAUGGCUCGAAGGCAGCAUCCAGAGCGAUUUAACAUUCGUGAGGCCAUUCUAAAUGAUGUAAUCAGUGUGGACCUCAUCCAGCCAGAAAUUAUUCUCCUGCCCGACUCCGAGAUGGACUCCGCAACACACAGUCGACGACGAGAGGGAAGUGUCUCAGCAAGCACAGAAAGCAAUUCGGAUUUGGAAGUUUAA